CGUCUUUCGACUGGCGUUAUGCAGUUUGCAUAUACGUGCAUUCAGGAUCACGACGUUUGGUUUGAUACACAGUUCUGGGAAGCGUGCUUCUUUCACGACGUACACAUUCAACUGAGAGAGUUGUACAUGAACAAUACUUUGGGCAGCGUUUCUUCGUCUUCCAAAAGAACUACGAAGCAUUUCCAAGGAAUGGUAAUUUUUGACCUAACUAUUCACAAGCUAGACCAACCACCCACCCUUUGAUC